AUGGAAGAUUAUGCAGUGACAAAUGACAGCUGUGGUGGCAGUCCUCAUGACAGCUGUGGUGGCAGUCCUCAUGACAGGUGUGGUGGCAGUCCUCGUGACAGCUGUAAUGGCAGUUCUCAUGACAGGUGUGGUAGCAGUCCUCGUGACAGCUGUAAUGGCAGUUCUCAUGACAGGUGUGGUAGCAGUCCUCAUGACAGGUGUGGUGGCAGUCCUCAUGACGGGUGCCACCGGAGACAGAUAAAGAUGCAAAACUCCGUAUCUUUGUACCUGGCAUUGUUACAGCAGCCAGUUAAAGGUGCAAAACUCCCUAGUGUGUGCAGAUGCACUUUUUCAGUCUACUGCCGACUUGCCAUAUACGAGAAGGCGUCAAUCGGUACGUGUGUGCCAAGCAUUAGUAAAUCAGCGGUGGUGGCGCAGAUCGAAUGGCCAUGGACGCCAAAUGAAAGUGACCUUGACCUUGGCGAUCUAGCCGACCUUCACAAUAUUCACAAACUUGUGUCAAUCCUUGAAGACCGCCAGCAUCACACGUUGGCGCUGAAGGAUCUCACAACUCACGUCUGCUACCUCAUAGACAUGCAGACGUCACACAUGACGACACAGGAGAUCCUCAACGACAUCAAGCUGUAUGGUGACCGACUUCUGUCGGUGGAGUUUUAUGCACAGUUCCCUCCCAUUGACCAUGCCGGGCUCACUCAGUUCGGCCAUCGAAUAAGUCAUUACUGCAAACAUAACCCGACCAUUACGCUUGGCAUAAGAAGCACAAUGAUCACUCCCCAUCCUGUAGGAAAUUAAAGUGCAAUGCUAUGAACACCAAGUUGGAAAUGAACUCGUCCGGAUACACACCUAGCUACAACACUGAGACAGAUCUAUGUCACAUUAUAAUAUUAUAACAUAUACGGGUACUAAAUAACAAAGACAUUCGAUGUGCUAAAUAAUUAUAAUAAUAAUAAUAAUAAAGUGCUCCUUUAGUAUAGACGGUGAUGUGAAUUACUCAAUAAAAUACUGGAAGUUUA